CAUUCACAUCCCAAUCGACCACAGCACUUCAGCAAUUCCAAAACCUUCACGGAAACAUCAAUCAUGCAGUACACCACAUCAGUUCUCGUUGCUCUCCUGCCAGCCCUGGGCACGGCCACCAGAUUCCGUUCCAGUGGAGCUUCGAACAAUGCUCCCCAAGCCGCCAUGCUGGGAGCCUCAAACGUGCAGCAGAGCCCCAACGGGCAAGCACAGGGCAACACUGGCGGCUGGCAAAACACCAACGGCCAAGUACCAGAUAGUAACGGCAACUGGCAGAACGGCGGAGGACAGAAUUCCUACAGCGGCGGUAACGGCAACAAUCAAUGGCGACACGGCAAUACCAACGCAGGCAACGCUCCCGGCAUCAACGAUUGCGGUGUCUCAUCUUUCAUCGAAAUUACUCAACCUGCUGGCAACAACCCUCUUGUUACCGAUUGCCAAGCUAUGAUCGCGUCCAUCACACAGGACUAUGAAUGGACUGUUACAAGUCAGGGUCAAACACUCGUGUACAACGGUACUUGUGCCUUCAAUGCCGUCACCUCCUCCGGUCAAGAUCCCUCUCUCACAGGCAAAGUCGGCAACGCCGAUAUCAUUGACUUGGUCACGGACUCCAUCAAGAAGUAUGCCAAGGACGGAACUGUUGGCUGCCGUGGUGGGUAUUCCCUGUAUGUUUCUUCAGCUGGUGCUAUGCCUUGUGAUAGCCCCGACGCGCCGUCUGGACAGCAGGUCAGUGUUGAUUGGACUUUGACGCACUCUGGACAGGUUGGAGGGCAGGGCGGACAGGGCGGACAGGGCGGACAGGGCGGACAGGGAGGUCAAGGAGGCCAAGGCGGACAAGGUGGACAGGGUGGACAGGGCGGACAAUGGAAUCAAGGAGGUCGACCAGGCCAGCCAGGUCAGCCAGGCCAAGGUGGACAGUGGUCACAGGGAGGCCAGCCUGGACAGGGAGGUCAGUGGGAUCAGGAACAACAAGAAGGCCAGGGAGGUCAGUGGCAGCAGGGCGGACAGAGCGGACAGGGAGGGUACAACUGAA